GCAGAGGCAUGAAGGCAUGAAGCAUUCAUAUUUAUUUGUAUAAACCUAUCUCUAGGCUAGUUGCAGUUUUGAAUAACGCCGGCUAGUCAAUGUUGGAAGUACCCUUCUGACUGGGCCGCCUAGUUAGCAUUUUAAUAAUCUCCUGUUAUUUUUACUAGGAGCGUGCAGUCUGGGCUAUGUUUUAAUGGUGCUACACAUUUUUGGGGGACUUGUCAAGAAUAUUCAAGAUGCGCAGUAUCUUUGGUACAACAAUAAACCACACAUGCUCGGCGUAGAUUUGAUUGCUCGUUCCCGCAAUAGUGUCCGCCAUUUUGAUUUAAAAUAUGUGAGAAUCGUUCUCUCUCUUGCUCCAAUCUUCAGGAUAAAAGCGACAACUAAUUUACUGAACCUGGGAUUGUCCUAUACACAGUUGGAAGGGUCAGGCAGCUUCUGGUUGCAGAGGUAGUGAUGGAGUGUAAGUGUAUCAUCCAUAUAGAUUCAUGACCAUUCCUACCUGCAUAUUUGAAAUAAAUGACUGAAGAGGUCUGACCUAGGAUACACGUUUUACUAAGCAGCAGCCAUGUUCUGGAAGUUUGACCUGCACACGUCAUCCCAGCUGGAGGCCCUGCUUGAGAAGGAAGAUGUCACGCUCACUGAACUCAUGGAGGAGGAGGACGUACUGCAGGAGUGCAAGGCCCAGAACCGCAGGCUGCUUGUCUUCCUGUCCCAGGACACCUGCAUGCAAGAGCUGCUGCACCUCAUCACCACAGAGCCCCCUGCUGGUCUGGAAGAGAUCAAACGCUUCAAGCACCCUAACAUAGCAUGUGAGCUGCUGACGAGUGAUGUAGGGGUGAUAAAUGAUAAGCUGGGGGGAGAGAAGCCCCUUCUAGACAUCCUGUACACCUUCCUGGAGCAGCCCCCUCCCCUCAACCCCCUCCUCGCAUCCUUCUUCAGCAAGACCAUUGGAAACCUCAUCACACGCAAGAGCGAACAGGUGAUCUUCUUCCUGCGGGGAAAGGAGGGUUUCCUGGGUCUGGUUCUUAAACACAUCAACACAUCGGCCAUGAUGGACCUCCUGCUACGCCUCAUCAGCUGUGUAGAUCCUGCUCCUCUCCGACAAGACACACUCAACUGGUUGAAUGAAGAGCGGCUGGCCCAGAGGCUCAUAGAACUCAUUCACCCUGGGAAAGACAAGGAGAGACAGUCGAAUGCGUCCCAGACUGUGUGUGACAUCAUCCGUCUGAGCAGAGACCAGGCCAAUCAGCUCCAAGAGAACUCUGAGGCCGACCCUCUGCUCGCCGUGCUGGAGUCGCAGGAGUGUGUGAGUCAGCUGCUGGACAACAUGUUUGUGGGAGAGAGCACAGAGAGCUGCAUCGUCUAUGGAACUCAAGUCCUUCUCACCUUACUGGAGAUCAGGAGGCCGGGAGUGGAUGGUGUGCUGGAUGUGUGUGUUCUGGGAUAUGAAAGGUGUGUCGUCAGCAGCAUCCUGCAGGCUGUCCAACCCCACCUCAAACACUACCACCAACUACUGCUGGAUCCUCCCGGGCGGACCCCCAUGCUGACCAGUCUAGGUGUGUUGGAGGUGCCACUGGGUAACUGUCGUCUCCAUGUGGCCAGACUAAUGGCCUCCCUACUACAGACCACUAACAUGAGUUAUUACACCUGUUUUGACGACACGAUUUACAACAACACCGUCACACUGGAGCUCUGCAGACUCCAGACCAUAAACCUCCUACUGGACCUGUUCUUUAAGUACACCUGGAACAACUUCCUGCACUUCCAAGUGGAACUGUGUGUGGCAGCCAUCCUCAGCCACUCUUCUCAGGAGGAGAGGCCCCAGGUUGGCCUGGUUAUCCAGGAAAGGCCCUUGGUUCCCCUGGAGGACAUUCCCCAGGCCCGCUUUGUGGCCCAGGAAAAACCCAUGUUUCCCCAGGCGGAGAAUCCUCAGGGCAGCCUCUCGACCCAGGAAAAGCCCAGGCUUCAGCAGAUGCCCCAGGAAAAGCAGGCCUUGCCUGGCCCCAAACCACCACUGCCCUCUCUUCCUCCUGACAUCUCCACACAUAACCCACUGGUGACCCAUUUGUUUCAGGACUGUCGUCUGGUUCAGAGGAUAUUGGAGGCCUGGGAGGAGAAUGAUAAGACUCAGGCGGAGGGGGGUAUGAGGAGAGGCUACAUGGGUCACCUGACAAGAAUCGCUAAUACUGUAGUCUGUAACAUGGAGAAAGGACCAGUCCGCAUCCAGAUCAGCAGCCUUAUUACAGAGCUGCCUAAGGAUUGCAGGGGGCGCUGGGAGAGCUUUGUAGACCAGGACCUGACAGAGACCAACAGGAAGAACACUGUAGACCUGGUGUCUCACAACCUGCGCUCCUCCAGUGAAGACGAUGACCGACAGAGUCCCUUCCCCAAAGAGCUGUCACUGCAACAGACAUUCUCAGACUACCAGAUCCAGCAGAUGACUGCUAACUUUGUGGAUCAGUUUGGCUUCAAUGACGACGAGUUCUCAGAACACGGCGACAACAUCAGCGCCACCUUUGACCGGAUCAAAGAGAUCAAAUUCAACGUGGACACAGAGGACACUGCUAAGACUGCAGCAUUUGAGGCCUGCACUAAGGAGAAGAUCCAGUUGUUUGAUGAUAGCGAGGAAGAAGACAUCUGGGAGGAGAGAGAGAUCAACUAUACUAUGCACACCAAGUCUAGGACCAGGUUUGGGGGGCCACAGAUGUCUGUUGGAUUGGCUCAGAGUGAUGGAAUGAGCGAUACUCCUGAUAAGUCAACAGGUUCUGACACAAAGGAGGGGGAGGUGCCUAAUGAGGUCACAUGUCAGACUGAACACAGCAAGAACAUCAGCCAGAUGGAGACUGCACAGAACCCUGGCUGGGCAGCUAGUUUCGGGGAGGUGAACUUUAACUCCCACUCAUCUGGAGUGGACCCAUGGGGUAGCCCCGCCCCCAAGCCUGGAGUGGGCGUUGACCCAUGGGGUAGCCCCUCCCCCAAGCCUGGAGUGGGCGUUGACCCAUGGGGUAGCCCCUCCCCCAAGCCUGGAGUGGGCGUUGACCCAUGGGGUAGCCCCUCCCCCAAGCCUGGAGUGGGCGUUGACCCAUGGGGUAGCCACGCCCCCAUGCCCGGAGUGGGCGUAGACGCAUGGGGAAGCCCUGCCCCACAGCCUGUAACUACAGAGGCUGAGAAGGGCUGGGCCAAGUUCACUGACUUUCAGCCCUUUUGCUGUUCAGAGACAGGUUUGAGGUGCACUUCUCCAGUGGACUCAGAGAUCUGUGGGUCAGACAAAACUAAACCCAGCCAGGGAAUGAACCCAUGUGUGUGGAGUGUGUGUGUGGCGAGGAAGGCUCCCCUGGUAGCAUCAGACACCUCUUCAUCAGGAGGCUCAGACAGUGAGGAAGAGGAGGAAAAGACUGAAUCUGUUACUAUGGAGAUAGUAUCCAAGGAAAUGGUCACUACAGAGCCCAUCGUCACAACCGCCAGACUGGAGACCAUCAGACUUAACAUGAAUGUCAAGAAUGAGAGAGCUGGCUUCACCAGUGUAGGAGGUCUCCAACCACUGAGUGUGUUGCCUGUGGAGUUUGUUGCGUUGGGAGUGUGUUACAGAGUGUACAACACUUUGCAGACCAAACACCAAUGUGAGGUUGACAUGAAAGAGAAGGAAAAGGAGAAAAAGAGGGUGAUGGGUGGAGAAGACCUGCUUAAUGCCACAGCUGCUCCUCUCACAGAUCGGCCUGCCACCAUCACAAAAGAGACACCCUCCUCAGCAAACGGACCGGCCUAGUACUGCGCUACCACGACACUCACACACAUACACACUCCAUUCCCUAGUUAACACAACCACACUCCACUUCCCAACAACACUCUACUUCCCAACAACACUCUAUGCCAUGCAACAACCUGUAUUUGUGAGCAGUGCUGCCCUGUCAUUGGUCCGUGUCACGGACAUCUAUGGUGGAUGAGCGGGACAAAAAGCAGAAGAGAAAAGCCCAUUCAGAAUCCAGACCACAGCUCCUAAACACCAACAACCAAUAAACAGAUUAAUGUGUUGUUUGUACCUGCCCUUCUGCUGAAGUCUCUCCUACACACCUAUCACCACACUACACACUGGGACAUGACGUGUGUGUGUGUGCGCGUUAGUGCUGCACAAUUAAUCAAAUUCACAUUAAAUAUUGACAUGUGUAAUGUCCUUGUCUCAACAUCCAAAAUUGCAGCAAUAGUUUUAAAACGCCACUAAGUAAGGAAAGUUUUUAUAGUUUACUCUGUCGUCCCUCUUGCAGCAUAUUCCCACUCACACCAAGACUCUACCCCUGUCAAUCAAGCAGCGCAUUUCCUCCUCCUCUGUCAAAUGCAGUCCACAGAUUGUUCUAAACAAGACCGAUGCUUCUUUCCACUUUGCUUCCUAAUAUACAGUACCAGUCAAAAUUUUGGACAUACCUACUCAUUCAAGGUUUUUCUUUAUUUUUACUAUUUUCUACACUGGAAAGCUCCAACAGGUGCUUCGCAUAUGUGGGUACUCCUUCAAGAUUGUUGGAAAGGUAUUCCAAGUGACUACCUCCAUGAAGCUGGUUGAGAGAAUGCCAAGAAUUUGCAACGCUGUCAUCAAGGCAAAGGGUGGCUACUUUGAAGAAUAUAAAAUAUAUUUUGAUUUAACACUUCUUUGGUUACUACAUGAUUCCAUAUGUGUUAUUUCAUAGUGUUGACGUCUUCACUGUUAUUCUACAAUGUAGAAAAUAGUGAAAACACUUGAAUGAGUAGGUGUGUCCAAACUUUUGACUGGUACUGUACGUCAUUGUGUUUCUAUGAUUCCAACAGUUCACCCAAGUGUUUUGAUCUUCAUCACGAGUCAAAUCGCAAUAUUUGGUUAAAAAGAAUUGCUAUUCAUUUUUGUGGGCUAUCAUGCAGCUCUAGCACACGCAGGUGAUCCAGCUUUAUGUAGUCUUGAGACUUAGAGACGAGAUACUUUACUCCCGCUGUAGUCUUCCUCAGCCCAGAGCAAAGUCUGAGGCCUGGGGAGGAGGGGAAUGGGUAGUCAGUACUGACUGUAAGAUCCUCAAAGCCAAAAUGUGUUCCUAGUUUAAUUUAUUUGACUCAAUCAUUUUAUUAUAGAAAAUCCAGAAUGAUUAUGAAAAUCAACCACUAUCUUUCUCUCUCUUUGUGUGGACUAUUACAAGUAGUGAAGAUAUUGAUUGUGUCUGUGCUGUCUCUUCGCUUGCGUGUGGGUGUGUGUGGGAGAUUUGGGAUAUAUUCUCAGGUUAAAAGAGCAGUCCUGUGGAUGUGAUGAAAGCACACCUGUGUGACGUCACACAAACACACAGCAUGAGUACACACACACAGAUGAGACUAUAUAUACACACACAAACACAGCGUGAGGCAUACACACACACCACUACCUGAGCGCACACACACACACAAAGCGUCAGACAUACACAAACAGUCACACCCUUCCAUAUCACCCCUCCACAGAGCUGUGUAAAUGUAAUAUUGUGACAUUUGAACCUGUAUUAGGUUGUGGUAUAAUGUAAACGUAUUAUGUAAACAGUAUAUAAAUAAACACUUAUCUAUUUUUGGUAUCAAUUCAGAUGUAUCGGAAAGCGGUUUGCUGUGUGUGUUGAAAUGAGGCAAUAAUGACAGCUGUGUUUUGGUUUAUACCCCAGCAUCAGACCCUGUAACCCUGCUACAUGCUUUCACCUGGGUGUGUGUCUUCCAUAUACAUACAGUUUCACAUAGUUUUGGUGAAGGAGUUAAUGGAAUGCAUAUGUUCCAUUGACCAGAUUGGCGCACAUUCAACAAAUCUGAUCUACGAAGUGGAUAUUCAUCAAUUACAAAUAUGAUUUUUGUAUUGUAACAGGCCCACAAUGUCGGUGCUUAAGUCCGAUUUUGAGUUAUUUUGCUGCAUGGGACGCAGAUGAUAGCAUUUAGCAAACUCACAUUCACAUAAGCUGGCUAGCAUACAGAAAUCAGAGGUAGUCAAAUUUUAUUUUUAACUGUAAUGCAGUUGAUUGGUAACGAUGACAUGAACAUGUGUUGGGGUUGACAUCCAUACCAGCAUUAUACUCUGAUUUUUAGAGACUCGUGAUCUUUCCCCCACGCAUUUCCAUGGCAAUUCCAUUAUUUUGGUCAAGUUCGAUUGAUCUCUUUACUGCAUCUAUGCUACAAUCAUGCUCUAUCAUCCCAUCAGUAUCAAAAGAGCUCUCUCUCUCUCCCUCCUUUCUCUCAGAGCAUGUCCUUAAUGUUAUGUGGUUUUAUGUUUUUAAAGCACUUGGUGAUGGUGUCACAACCACCAAGGUUUUUCCUCACAGCUGAGGAGAUGUUUGACUUAAAGGAAUCUGUUUGACAUAGUUAUUUAAAAAUCUUAAUAUGUUAUAUGAUGGGUUUUUAUCCACAGAUCGUGAUGCCAAAGUGUCUUCCAGAGUGGGCUGGGUCUCAAUCCUAUAAGAGAUAGUCUUCUUCCUCAGAAGUGUCCAGGGGAUUAAAAAGGGUUGUGUAAGUGGUAAAGGCUAGAGACAAAUGAAAUAGGCUAGAUUUGGGACUGGGAGAGGGAUCCACCCUGAGUCAGGGUCUGAAAAGCUAACUAGUUGUGUGUACAGGGUUACAUCAUACCUUCACCCCAACACCACACUGCAUCUAACCCAUACGUGUGUGUGUGUGCUUUCUGAGGUCAGAAGUAUUUGGUAAAGGGCGUGGCUGCUGGUGGUUCAUUUCUGUAUAAGUAAUAGGUAUGUUACUGUUGUCAAACCCUAGCCUGUACGUUAAGAUAUCAAACUAAUAAAUAUGUCAAUCAUCAA